UGUUGCAAUUGAUGUAGAUAUGGCCUUUUUUGAACCCAAAAUGCGUAACAUCCUCGAACAAAAUUGCACAGCAGAUGAAGACUGUAAUUUUUUUGACUGUUUCUCUAGGUGUAAUACAAAGACGAAUAAAUGUACAGCAGAGCGUUCAAAUAGUAACCUACAGGUUAUUUGUGAUAAAAUUUUCCGUCCCUUAUUUAUCUCAAAGCUGAGUGAACUUAGGAUGUAUCACCCACUGCAAUCUCAGCUGCGUAAUGCAGUGCUGAGGUGUUCUGAGUUGUCCAUCCAUGGCGUUACAGACAAGAAAACGAUGGAGGUUACAUUCUUGGAGCUGUAUGAUUUGCUCAAGGCCUGGCAGAGAUAAAUGUGACAUUAUACCAUAAAUUGACUAUUAAGCAGGCGAAAGAACUGACCUUUGGAAUUGAACCUUGAGCCCUUGUGCAUUGUGAUGGAGUGAACAUUGUUCUGGAGAAGGACACGAACAUCAGAAGCAACUCCAGGUUCUUUUGAGUCCAAACAAACAUCAAACCCAACUGAGGAUCUCAAGUGACCUGAAUUGACCCAUUUCAGGUUACAUUUUAAUGCAGGUGUUUGUAUAAAUAGGGUUGGAGAUUACCAUGAACAGCUGAGACAUAUAUAUUUUACAACACACACUUCAGUCUUGAGGUCAAAGUGUAAACAGUUAAUACAUGACUUAUAGUAUUUUUCCUACAGAUUUUUUUUUAGAAAUUGAAGCAUUUUGAUUCACGUUGUUCAAAACAGCGAUAAUCUUUUACAAUAAAUAUAUUUCUUGAGG